AUGGAGGCAGUGGCUCACAUCCACGAUCGAGGAGUGGCCCAUCGAGACAUCAAGCCUGACAACAUCCUCUUCAACUCCUACGACGAGCUCAAACUCGCCGACUUUGGUUCAGCCGAGUGCUUUGCCAACAGCGGUUUGAUGUCUGGCAUUGUGGGGACACCUUACUACGUGGCUCCGGAGGUGGUGGCUGGAAUGGAAUACGGUGAGAAAGUUGAUGUGUGGAGUGCAGGCGUGAUCUUGUACAUAAUGCUAUCUGGGAUCCCACCUUUCUAUGGAGAGUCGGCUAGGGAUAUUUUUGAGGCCGUGCUAAGGGCAAAUUUGAGAUUUCCCCGGGCCGUUUUUGGGUCGAUCUCACCGGAUGCUAAGGACUUGCUGAGGAGGAUGCUCUGCAAGGAUGUGUCGAGGAGGUUCUCGGCCGACCAAGUUUUGAGACAUCCAUGGAUGACGAGUGAUGAAGAAGCUAGAGCAAUGGACUGA